GGCGUCCAAGUACCUGAUGUGCCGGCGAGGGCUGCUCAUCCAGCCGCUGCCGGAGGGGCCGCGGCGCGACGAGGCGGCGCGCCGGUUCCGCUUCGUGGGCAGGCUGCUGGGCCAGGCGCUGCGAGAGGACCUUCGGGAGGGCUUCAUCGUCCCGCUGCCCGUGGGCGAGGAGGUCUUCGCGCUGCUGCGGGGGGACGCGCCGGGGGCCGAGAGCCUGCCGCGCCCGGGAGGGGCAGCGGCCACGCCGGCGAACUCUGCGGCGUGCUGGCCGACGUCGCAUCGGGCCUGUGGGACAAGGACGGCGCGCACCGCCCCAGGAGUACCUGGAGCUCGUUGGCGCCCGCUUCCUCGAGACGGGCCUCGGCGGCGCACCGCUGUGCCCGGGGAGGGGGGCGAGUCCCUGCCCGUCACGCGCGAGAACGUCGGGAGUUUCGUGGAGCAGGCCGCGGCCUUCUGGUUCGGCGAGGGCGUCGCCGCGCAGGUCGACGCCCUCCGGGCCGGCCUGUCGGAGGUGCUGGAUCUCGACAGUUUGCGAUCAUUCAGCCCGCAGGAGCUUCGCGGCAUGUUCUGCGGCGAGGACGACCACGUCGAGUGGGACGAGCGCGCCCUGCUGGCCCGCCUGCACCCCGCCGGCGGCAUGACGUCCAGGUCGCCGCUCUUCGGCCACCUGGUGGCCCUGCUCCUGGAGAUGGACCAGGCCAACCGCUCGCGGUUCCUGGACUUCGUCACCUCCUGCCCGCGGCUGCCGCCGGGGGGCAUCACGAACUUCAAGAUGUACGUGUUCCCCGACCCCGGCUGCAGGCGGGGCUACCCCCGCUCUCGCGCGUGCGCCAACCAGCUGUACCUGCCGCCGUACGCCUCCAAGGAGGAGCUGCGGGAGCGGCUCCAUGAGGCGAUGCACAGCUCCGCCGGCCAUCACGAGCAGAGGAUCCGGGAUGCGCGACCUGUGACCUCUGUCGGGCCUGCUGUGCUCCGAGGAGACCCCCUGCGCAGGAUAUAUGGAGGGAGAGCCCCUGAGCCGGGCCGGUGGUCAGCGCGGGCGCCCUGGUAGCCCAGGCCUCGCCCUGUCUGCCGCCAGCCGUCACAGUCAGGGGGCGCUCGAUGGGGAGGGGACGGUCGUCGGAGAAGAAAAAACAUAACAAACACAACCAGAACAACAACAUGAGGAAGGGAUACCCAGGGCGGCGCCGCACCGAUCGGCGCUCCUCGCGCGGCGCGAGUGCUGGCGGGCCCAGAGCUGAGUCUUGCUCGCGCGGGGCAAG